UUUUGUGGUUAUUGGAUACCCUUUCUCAACUUGAUCGUGUCCGAAAGCUUUGAUUGAAGUUUCAAAGAAAAAGAAAACAGACUGUUCAAUAUGAAUUCUGUUUCCUGUAUAACAAUAUUUGUGUUGUUGGUGACUUGUGUUCUUGCUUCUUCUCGUGAAUUAGAUCAAUACGAAGACGAGAACAACGGAACCAUUCGUGCGCUAAUACUUAAUGGUAAAGAAACAUUUCGUGCGAUCAAAGGAAUAGAAAAUUUGUUGAGAAGACAGGGACAAAAUGUUGGAGAUAUUGCAAAUCGCUUUGGAACCAGACUCAUUAAACCAAUCGUAACAGGUCAAGAAAAAUCUGAUGUGAUCAGAGGAAUAACAAAGCUUCUGAAACUGACAAAAUCUGUUGGAAAAGACAGAAACGACAUCGACAAAAAAACGAAACAAAAUCCGUUUAAAAAUCCUGCUAAACCUAAUCCUCCCUCGGCAAGUCGUAAUGGACCAACAGCAAGUGCAACAUCCAUCUUCCUGUUUCACCAACCGGUGGCUACCAUUUUUGCUUUCAUCUUUCAUGUUUUUAUUACAGCCUAGUAAAUUUGAAGUAACAAUCUUUUCAUAGAUUUAGUAUUGUAAUAAGUAAGAAGACAGUUUUUCGGCGUGUGACUUCAAUGUAUUAUGAUUUUUUAAAACAGUUAAAGAAUUGCAAGCGUAAAUUAGAUGCAAUAAGCUGAGUUUUCCUCAUUUCAUAGUACAUAACGUAUGUAUUGAGCAUUUUUCUUUAAUAAAGCCCAGUACAAAAACA